UUCAUUUGGGUAACCUUUUGAAUGAAAUGUAAAUUUGCUCUCCGGCGGCGUGUGCAGAGUCUGCGUAUAUAAAGCCCGCAGCACAGACGGCCACCGACAGCCACCUGCGUCCCGACCCGUCCACACACUGCGGACAUGCAGCCGCUCGCAGCCAAACUGCCGCUCACCCACAGGACACCUUUUUCUGUGGAGGACAUUCUGGACCCCACGAAGUUCACCAGGAGGACAACCCGAGCUGAGGAGGCGACGGCAGGAGCUUCUACUCCCAGAGAUGAAGAGGAGGAGCAGCUUCCUCCUGCAGGCGGAGGCUCAGAGGAGGAGGAGGAGGAGGAGGAGGAGGCGGCUCCGUGUCCGGGGAAGCUUCAGAGGUCGAAGCCGACAAAAAGCCGACGGAUCCGCACCGCUUUCACACUGGAGCAGCUGCAGAUGCUGGAGCGCAGCUUCCACAGGUGUCACUACCUGUCGGUGCUGGAGCGGCACCGCAUCGCCUCGGCGCUGCGCCUGUCCGAAACUCAGGUCAAGAUCUGGUUUCAGAACAGACGCACCAAGUGGAAGAAGGAGCAGCUGCAGGGGAAGGAGGCCGAGGAGGAGCUCGGCUUCACAUCAGUCUUCUCCUCUCACCCCGCUCUCUGCUCCUCUCUCACCUGCAGCCCUCUUUACUGCCCGCAGCGCGCGCCGCUCCAGGUGUUCGCGCCGCUGCCGCUUCUGCCGCGUCCGCAUCUUUACGCCUGAAAUCUGCACUGACUGAGCACAUCAACAUGUGGCCCACCAGCAUCUCCAGGAGACGUUUCAGCAAAACAUGGCACUAUUACUGUCAGCCAGGAGAGCCGUGAAAGUGCCAAAGCAGACUGAAUCCAGAAAUAUUUUCUAAUGCAACUAACUUAUUGUGAUAAACAUUUUUUAUCGAAGCUGUUCUGCUUGUUUCUUGUUUCUUCAGAUGUACUGAUUUGACCUUCUACAUGAACAUCUGGCAAACAGAAAGUCUUGUUGAAAGAAGUCGACUCUUUAGAUCAAAAUAACCAGCUGGAACAAAUACAAACAGGAAGCUCUAAUGAA